AUGAGUUUCGGUACUAAGGUCUCUAAUUUUUUGAGAUUUUUGGAAAUUCCUGUCAAAGAUAGGGCAUCCGUGAGUUUCCUGAGGAACCCUGAUUUGCAACCUAUCAAGUCAGUUAACCAAACAUGGGGGUUCUGGUCUAAUUUUGCAUACUGGGGUGUUAUGUCCUUUUCGGUGGGUACGUGGAUUAGUGCCUCAUCUGCGUUGGAUGUGGGGUUAAGUUACCCAGAGACGAUUGGUACGUUUAUUGUCGGUGAUGUGUUAACCAUUAUUUUUACAUUAGCCAACUCGGGUCCCGGUUUUGACUGGAAGGUCGGUUUCACUUUAGCCCAAAGAUUCGUCUUUGGUAUCUACGGUUCUGCCUUCGGUAUUAUCAUCAGAAUUUUGAUGAGUAUUGUCAACUACGGUUCCAAUGCUUGGUUGGGUGGUCUUUGUAUUAACAUGAUCUUGGAUUCCUGGUCUCAUCACUAUUUGCACUUGCCAAACACUUUGUCUUCGAAAGUUGCUAUGACCACUAAAGAAUUGAUCGGUUUUAUCAUCUUCCACGUCCUCACUGCAUUCUGUUAUUUGAUGAAACCUUACCAUAUGAACUACAUUUUAAUUUGGUCGUGUGUGGCUACUUUCUUCUCUAUGUUGGGUAUGGUGAUUUACUUGACUAAGCACGCUCAUGGUGUUGGUGACUUGUUUACUUCUACUGAGUCCACUGCCACUGGUUCUACCAAAGCUUGGGCUUGGGUUUAUAUGAUCUCGUACUGGUUCGGUUCUGUUUCUCCAGGUUCCACCAACCAAAGUGAUUACUCAAGAUUCGGUUCCUCCAAUUGGGCUAUUUGGGCCGGUACCAUCUGUGCCUUAUUGAUUCCAACCACUUUAAUCCCAGUUUUUGGUGUCAUUGGUGCCUCCACUUGUGACAAACUAUACGGUCAACAAUUUUGGAUGCCUAUGGAUAUCUUCAACUACUGGUUGACGACUAAUUAUUCUGCAGGCGCUCGUGCUGGUGCCUUCUUCUGUGGUCUUUCCUUUGUCCUGUCUCAAAUGUCUUACACCAUCUCCAACUGUGGGUUUGCCAGUGGUAUGGAUUUGGCCGGUUUAUUGCCCAAGUACGUCGACAUCAAGAGAGGUGCUCUUUUCGCAGCAUGUGUCUCCUGGGCUUGUUUGCCAUGGAAUUUCUACAACUCUUCUUCUACUUUCUUGACUGUCAUGAGUUCUUUCGGUGUCGUCAUGACUCCUAUUAUUUCUGUUAUGAUCUGUGAUAACUUCUUGAUCAGAAAGAGACAAUACUCCAUUACCAAUGCUUUUAUUCUAAAGGGUGAAUACUACUUCACGAAAGGUAUCAACUGGAGAGCUAUUAUUGCCUGGGUUUGCGGUAUGACCCCCGGUCUACCUGGUAUUGCUUGGGAAGUCAAUAAUGACUACUUCCACAACACUGGUAUCGUUAAUUUCUUUUACGGUGACUCCUUCUUCUCGUUUUUGAUUUCCUUUUUCGUCUACUGGGGGCUAUGCAUUCUCUUCCCAUUCAAAAUUACUGUUGGACAUGAUGACAAAGAUUACUAUGGUGCCUUUACUGACGAAGAAGCAAGAAGGAAGGGCAUGGUUCCAUACAGUGAAAUUUCUGAAGAAGAAAUCCGUGCUUACACAUUAGGCGAGGGUUACACCACUGGUCACGAAUACAUGCCUGAAGGCUCCGACGAUGAGGUACCUGAACUGAUCAAAACUAGCUCUGAAAACACCAACGAGUUUGAAAUAGUUCAUCAGAAGAACAACGAAAAGCAAUCUUCCACUGCUAGUGAAAAAGCUGCCUAG